GGAAUGUACAAAAAAUGAAUGAAUGAAUGUCUAGUACUUUUACAUUUCUGAAUCUUUUACGUAUCUUGUUUAUGUCCAUAUUUUAUUAAAUCAUGCCUAGCUGGUAUAUUGAGAACCACAACAUUUGUAGAGGUCAGUACAGAAAGUGUACUUUUUAAAGUUUUUAUAUAAUUCUUUGUUUCAUUCCUGAAAAUGUCAUUGGCACGCCCCAUAAUUACAUGGUCCUGAGGGCCUAAUGCUGCACAUUCUUUUACGCAAUUUUUCAGUACAUCUUUCACCUUAGCACCAGGCCUAACUUCACCAUACACUGAGAUAUCCACAUUAGUUUUACUGAUUGACAUCGGUAUAUCUCCGCCAUAUCACUAUAGAAUACCGGAAUUUUUUUUACGUUCACCUUUGGACGACUUAAUUCUUUCCUCUGUUCAGUCUCAUCAGCAACUUCAUUUAGUGUGUUAAAUCUGUUACUCGUUGAAACUGGAGAAUGGUGAGCCACUUUUUUUCCUUUUCCUCGACUUUCCUCUUGCUACUUGGCAGCGGUUAUUAUAAUCUUCAUGGUGUACCAGGACAAACAUAUGUUGAAUUCUCUCACUCUGCAGGCUCUGCAGGACGGAUAUAAUUUCCCGCAAGGACAAUUUUUCUUCUAUGAGCUUACGAAGGACUUCGCUGUUGUCGUACUCCCCAGUAUCUUUCUCUUUUGCCAGGUCGUUCCGCGUUUAACAUGAAACACAUGAAUUCGGUUACUGAUUUAUAUUUACUCUGCUACUGCUUCUUUUGAAAGAGUGUUGCAAUGGCUUCGUCUAUUUGAGAUUCAUACGAUAGUCUCAGAAUCCGCUCAGAAUGAUUGAACAAGGUCGUUCUCAGUGUUAGUUUGUAGAGAUUUUUGCCUGUCGUCAUUUGGCAGUAUUGAACGAGUACUUUUAUUUAUUUAUUUAUAAUUCUAUCAUUUUGCACCAUUUGGUUCUUUAAGCCGCGUAGAUCGGUGUAGGCGAUUGGUUUUCGAUGUUGAACUGCAUUUCGAUCGGAGUCUAGUGUCAGGCGUUGGGAGGUUAUUUCGUCUGCUGCGAAUGAAAAUGAUUAGACCGAUUAGACGUAUUUAAUAUGAUGUGUGCUGUCGAACAGCUGACGAAUAUAAGAUGAUGUGAUAGUUGUGACCAGUAUGACUUACACAUCCAAAGUAAAUAGGACUUUAUGCUAAAAACUGCGUAAUUUACAGUGAUAGGGUUAUGAGGAGUGUUUAAGUGAUCAAAGUUAUAAUUCAUUUAACGUUAUCAUGCCUUGUGUAACAUAAAUAAACAUUCAUAAAAUAUAGUAAAUUCCAACAAUGUCAAAACUGAUAGGACAACUUGCACGUCAGAAGUACCUUCCAUAUCGCAAAAUUAAAAUAUUUACAGCACUAUGUACACAUACAAUGGAUAUAUUUGAAGUGGCGAAAGAAAAUAAAUUUAACCCACGUGUAUAUAGAUCUUAUUGCUCAGAGAAAAAAGACUCUUCGAAAAUAACCAAAGUGAAGCCUGCGGAAGUUGGAACUCCAAAGACGUUGAAGAAGGUGAAAGAGACGACUAAGACAGCUUCAUACUUGGGAGUUAUUCUUGCUGGUGUUGGAGUGACAGCAGUGAUAUUUUAUCAAGUUUUUCGGGAGUUGUUUUCCAGCAAAAGUCCAAACAGUGUAUAUACAACAUCUCUUAAAAAAUGCUGUGCAAAUCCACAAGUAAUAGAUUCAUUAGGUGAACCUAUAAAAGGUUUUGGAGAAGAAACGCGACGAGGAAGAAGGCGUCAUGUUAGCCAUCUUUUUUACGAACGUGAUGGUAUCAAUUUCCUAAGAAUGAAAUACUAUAUUCAAGGAAGCCGAAAAAGGGGGACAGUGCACUUGGAAAUGCGUGAGAAUGAUAAAGGAGAUUUUGAGUACAGGUACCUUUUUGUCCAAUUGGAAGAUUAUCCUAGAAACACAAUCAUAAUUGAAGAUAACAGAUAUGACCAACAAAUGAACUUCGAGAAGCCUUUUGAUAUAUUAUAGUGUGAUUUUUAUACAGCUGGUGAAAAUGUUGUAAGUUGUAGUUUAAUAGAGAUACUGUGUUUAUCCAACUUUAAGACAAUACAAGUGACCUUCCUUUUCAGUGGAAAGUAAUAAGGAAACUGUUUUAUUACUUGUCUAGAUAAAAGUCCUAUGUCCAGUUCUUCGGCAUAGAUGUAACUGUUUCUCCCAUCUUUUUAUAAUGGUAUGUUUAGGUUCGGAGAAUGCUUUUUGGCAACUAGUAAUUGCACUUUAUCUUCUGUCUAUACCCAAAAACUAGUCCCAGAAAACUGUAUCUUCUGUAUGCUACACAGUUAUUACUUGCUCUGACAUACCUGAUAAUCAUUAAUUUAAGAUUAUAAUUAUGCAGUUCAUGAGAAUGGAGGGAUCUUUGCAUCUUGAGCCUCUCUCAUUUCUGCUCAGAGUUCCGUGAUUGUGUUGUAGAUGAAAUAAGGCUUUGCCGAAGAGAUACAGAUAUUUAAACGUUUAAAAAAGGAAUAAAUGAACAUCACCCUAUAUGAUCACUGCGCAGUCACAUUGUCAUCUGGCAGUCUGUGCCAUCUUUAAACUUACAUCUUGUCAGUAUGAGAACAUUUCUGCUUCCCAUCUGGAAUUGUUCUGACAAAAUGAAGUGCAUCUCGGAAAGCCAAGUGACAGCUCCAGAAAUACAUAAAUGGAUAAAUUUUGUGCAUGAUAGUAAAAGUAAUGAAAAUGCAAUGACGACUGCCUUUUCAAAUAAUUUUGUAUUUAUUUGAUAUUGUAUUCUAGAUAUUUUUAUGUAUUUUUCUUCAUUUGCGAAUAUAAGAUAAUCUUUAUUUUGGAAUGAAAAUGAAAAUAACAAAAUGUCUUGUAGUUGGGUAAAUACGAUGUUUUAGAAUCAUUGUUGUGAACCAUACAGAGACGGAAGGAAUUUCGUCUGUUUUGUGGUUUCUACUCAUAACAUGAUGAUUCAGAAGUAAUUCAUUUUUAUAGCAUAUUAACAAAUUAAGACUGAGAAAAAUGCCACAGUGAAAUAAUAAUUUUGUAUGGAAUUGAUGUUAUAAUAAACAGAACAGUAAUCUUUAUAGAUCAUAGCAUUUGGAGAGACUGAUUUAAAGGGGUGUUACAAUUCAUUAUAUUCAUAACAUUAGUGUUGUUAAUUUUAAUGUAUAUAACUUGACUGACUUAGGAGAGAAAUUUACUCAUUUCUGUAUUUUAUCUGAGGUUUAUGUUUUCUUUGCACAAAUUUAAUCACCUAAACCACUUAUAGAGUUCAAUAAAAUGUUUAGAGGGUUCUGUGCUAAUAA